AUGAAAUCACAAUUGCUGCCGCUGUCCUUGGGCGCUGUCCUAUCUUUGAGCUAUGUAGCUGCUAGUUAUGACGACGGCAUACAGGAGCCGCUGCGGGCUGCCAUCGACCCCAACAAGUACCGAGCAGCAUGUCCAGACUACAAACAAUACUCCAUGCGCCCGCACCCACCAUACAGUCAAGGCCCGCUCGAACUCCCUUUUCAAAGACCCUCCAAAUACUGCCGCACUUUCGAAUCACCUCUGGUGGAGAAGGUCAUUGAGACGAUGAACAAGAAAAUGGUCGACAAAGAUCUUGCACGCAUAUUCGAAAACGCCUUCCCAAACACACUGGACACUACCGUUCGAUGGCACACCGACAAUACGCCAGCACACAAGUCAUUCCAGAGGAACUGGGAGAAGGGCUCAUGGACCGGACCCCAAAGCUUCAUCGUUACUGGUGACAUUAAUGCCGAGUGGCUGCGAGACUCCACAAACCAACUGGCGCAGUACCAGCCCCUUGCUAAGAAAGACAAGGAAAUAUUCAAGCUGAUACUGGGGGCUAUCAACACACAAGCUGAAUAUGUCAUCGGCUCGCCGUACUGCAACGCCUUCCAGCCUCCGGCACCCAGCCAUCUGAGCCCCACCUUCCAGGACCAAGCAGACGUUGUGCACCCCGAGUACGAAGCCUCGUUCGUCUUUGAAUGCAAGUACGAACUCGACUCACUUGCACACUUCCUCUCUCUUUCCAACCAGUUUUACAACCACACCGAUUCCAUCGCCUUUAUAAACGCCCGUUGGCUACAAGCCCUCGAUACUCUACUAUCGGUCCUCGACGAGCAAUCGCAACCCACGUUCGACGAGACGACAGGUGCCUACAUCCAGAACACAUACAAAUUCCAGCGCCGCACAGAAAUCGGUACCGAGACACUUGCACUCGGCGGCGUCGGCAACCCACUAGCCGGCGGCACAGGGCUCGUCCGCUCUGCGUUCCGACCUAGCGACGAUGCCACGAUUCUCGGAUUCCUGAUUCCGAGUAACGCGAUGAUGAGCGUGGAGCUCAAGCGCACGGCCGACAUACUCAACAAGGCAGGGAGGAAGAACAUUGCAGACCAGCUGUCCGCGUGGGCUGAUACCAUCAGCAAGGGUGUAUGGGAACAUGGCGUUGUGACGCACAAGAAGUACGGGCGCGUGUUCGCAUUCGAAGUCGACGGGUACGGAUCCAGCAUCCUCAUGGACGAUGCGAACUUACCAUCGCUGCUUGCGCUUCCCCUUCUAGGCUUCGUUGAUGCAAACGAUGAGGUCUACAAGAACACGCGCAAGAUGAUUCUCGAGAAGCAAGGAAACCCGUACUAUCUCACUGGCAAGGGCUUCGGCGGCAUUGGCGGUCCGCAUGUAGGAUUGCAGCACGCAUGGCCCAUGAGUGUGCUCGUACAAGCCAUGACGAGCGACGACGACGACGAGAUCGUGAGCUGUGUGGAGAGCGUGAAGAACGUGAGUCGGAAUGGGUUGAUUCACGAAAGUAUCCAUGUAGACUACGAGCGCGACUAUACCAGAAGCUGGUUCGCGUGGGCAAACUCCGUCUUCGCGCAGACCAUUCUCGAUCUCGCGAAGCGGAAGCCUCAUCUCCUCUUCGGCAAAGGCGCAGAGCCGUAUACUCUAGACUAG